AUGCGUACCUCGACAUUACUCUCUUUAUUACCACUUCUCCUUACCCAAGUCUUCGCUCAAGACCGCACUAAUGAACAGGGCGAGUCCAAAAUUACCGACCCAUUGCAAGAAUGCACAGCGUACUCCUAUCCUAGCGUCGUCAACAACCUAAGCAAAUUCCCCAAAGUCUGGGAUGCAGCCAAACUCCUUCCCGACGACUCCGUUGGACAAGCUACCUGGAACUCGAUGAAAGAUUCUAUCCCAAACACUCCUCCCAAGGGAACCAUCGACGGCAAUUUUUCCCAAUUCACACCAACCUACAGUACAUCUGAUCCCGACUGCUGGUGGACCUAUAAGCAAUGUGUUUCUCCAAGUGAUAUUGCUAACGUACCGGAGCCCUUGACAGUAGGCUACGGCUUUGACGAUGGUCCGAACUGCUCGCACAACGCGUUCUACGACUUUCUUCAACAACAAGAUCAAAAAGCUACUAUGUUUUUCAUCGGGAGCAAUGUGAUGAACUGGCCACUCGAAGCACAGAGAGGCGUUGCGGAUGGCCACGAGAUCUGUGUUCGUGAGUUGUUAACCCUGGUUUUAUCCAUUACUGCUGUAUAG